AUGACCUUUGAAAAGGUAAGUGCUGAAUAUCGCAAGCUGUAUUUAUAUUUUAAAAAGUUUUAGAUCGAAUAAUUUAGGGUACUAUGGUUAUACGUCGCCUGAUGGAAUAUUUUGAUUAUUUCGAUGGAAUAUUUUGAGUAUAUCUCCUGCAGGUACCCAUCUUGCAGGUAGAUAAAUGCAUUAUUCGUCUAGAAUACCCGCUCGACGAAUACGUACGGAAAAUUCGAUAGUAUAUAUAUAAUAGUAUGUACUUUACACAAAUAUUUGACCUAUUAUCAUACAAUGUUUUAAAAUGACCUGGUUUCCUGCAGGUACCCAUCUCGCAGGAACCAGACAAUAUGCUCAUUGAGGGUACCCGCUCUGAUGACGCAUCAGCGACACCUAUUCCAGUGUCAAGAGAUCAACUAAGUUCUCUGAUCGAGGACAAAGUCACUGAGACAUUAAAAAGGACUCUACCAGACAUUUUAAGAAAUGCUUUUAUGACACCAGAGCCUAAUGGUUCCCAGGAAAAUAUCGCUGUGGAGCAACCACAACCUAAAAGAGCCAAAGUAGUCGAUAGUGACACACCACCAGCUUUUGUCGGUUCUAGUCGUUCCGACAAGUACUUGCACCAGCACCAGAAGCUACCAUUUCUGAAGAAUUAACUUCAUUUAUCAAAUCUGCAUUUACCAAGCAACUGUCCAAAGAAGUUUGGACAAAUGUCAUGGAACAAUACCCUGACAUUAAAGGAACAGCUGAUUUCCUAGUUUCGCCCAUAAUGCAAACAGGGAUGAAAGAGGACAUCAAACGUGUCCAUGGUCUGUCCCGAACAAAAGAUUUGUUCACAUUUGAUGAAGGACUAGCUGACAAACAAGCACCCUUCAUUUCCGUUGUUCGACCACUUGUCAGUGCUCUACAAGCAUUGGAGCCAACGGAAGUGGAUGUAGACGAGGUUGAGCCCUCAGGUCCUGAUCCUGACCACAUAAAAGCUCUUAUCGAAGAUGCUAUUGUGCUACUGGGAAAUGCACAUUGUCGUCUAAACAUUUGGCGCCAAAAACGUUUUGCAGAAUACCUAACCGAUGUGGGUAAGCGUACCCUGAAAGACCAAAUUCCAGCUGACAAGUACCUGUUUCCCGAGCAAUUUCAUAAUGUAAUUAAAGAGGAACACGAUCAUGCAAAUACCAAUCGCAAAUUAGUGGCACAAUCAACCAAACCUCAAAGGUUUUUCUCCCCCAGAGGGCGUUUUCAAACCAACAAGUCCUUUCGUGACCAGCCCUUUCGUGACCAAUCCUUCCAGCGAUCUAGUUUUACCCGACCGCAACAUAACAACUCAUUCAGAAAGAAUCCAAACAACAACAAACCCUAUUGGGGAAAACGUGGAAACCACACAAAACGCAGCUGACUAUCAGCUACCGACACUAAAAGACAUCAAACCAACGGACAAUCUUGUAGCAGGCCGCAUCAAACAAUUUUAUUCAAACUGGACACUAAUUACAUCAAAUCCCUGGAUUCUAUCCAUAGUUCAAGGGUACAAAAUUCCCUUUGUUCGUCAACCCAUACAGUGGAGACAGAGACAAAUAAAAGCAAAGUCAAAAGAGGACUUGGCUUCUAUAAAAGAAGCCAUAUUACAACUCCAAGCGAAAGGUGCAGUAAAAGCUGUACAGGAGGAGUCAAAUCAAUUCACUUGAACACUGUUCAUAGUGAAACAAGUGUCCAAGGACAGGCCAAUUUUCAAUUUAAAGAAUCUCAAUCGCUUUGUCCAAUCUCAGAAGUUCAAGAUGGAAGCUCUGGAAGCAGUACGCAAACUGAUCCAACCAGGAGACUUCAUGAUGAAGUUAGAUCUCCAAGACGCCUAUUUUUCCGUACCGAUGCACAACAGUCACAAGAAAUAUCUGAGGUUUGUAUUCCAAAGAAUAACAUACGAGUUCCAAUGCCUACCAUUCGGGCUAUCCAGUGCGCCCAGGACAUUUACAAAACUAUUGAAACCGGUCAUAGUAUUGCUACGAACACAAGGAAUACGGAUUGUAAUAUAUCUGGACGAUAUGCUUAUUCUGGACCAAAGCCCAAAUGUCAAUCUACUACAACGUCUGGGAUUUCUCAUCAAACAGGAGAAAUACUCCCAAGCCCCAUCACUGUGUCUAGAGUUUCUGGGAUCCUUGAUCAACUCGAGGGAGAUGACACAAGCGGUACCCAACGACAAACUCCAAAAGCUCCAAAUAGAGUGCAAGAAUGUAAUCAAGAAUCGCUGGCUGACGCUGAAAGAACUCUCGGCUUUAUUAGGCAGAAUGAACCAUUGCUCCCAAGUGGGUCUAUCCCAGGGACCUUUGCAUUAUCGUGCUCUACAGAGGCAACAUAUCAACAGCAUUCACCAGAGCAAACGUCUCUCGAACAAGACAAAGGUCUAUCUGACAGGAGAAUCACUAACCGACCUCCAAUGGUGGAUAUCGAUGCAGAUACAUCAGUUCAACAAGUGUUUAAUCUCACUACCAGCGUUCGACCUGAUCAUUUACACAGAUGCGUCCAAUCAAGGAUGGGGAGCACAGUGCAACGGAAUCAUGACAGGGGGACGAUGGAACAUCCAAGAAUCCAGACAACACAUCAACAUUCUCGAAAUGAAAGCAGCCCUUCUGGCCAUCCAGUCCUUUCUGACAACACAGGUAAAAAUGCCGCAACAUAUUGGUCUGCAGAUGGACAACUCUACAGCAGUUGCAUAUGUCAACAAGAGAGGGGGAAUCAGGUCUUCAACUUUAGCAGCCUUGGCAGUCGAGAUUUGGAACGUUUGUCAACAGAAAGGAACAUGGAUAACAGCACAACACCUUCCGGGAGUACAGAGUGUCGAUGUGGACUGGGCUUCUCGUCACUUCAACGAACGCACAGAGUGGACUCUGGACAAGGCGAUCUUCGCACGUAUAGUCACAAAGUAUUACACUCCACAAGUCGACUUGUUUGCAUCUCGGCUCAAUCAUCAACUACCCCUCUAUGUUUCCCGGCACCCAGACCCGGGUGCAAUGGAGGUCGAUGCAAUGACAUUGCAAUGGAACAGAUGGACAUCGUUCAUUCAUGCGCCAAUUGUAAUGCUUCCCCGCAUUCUGAAGAAGAUACGAGAAGAUCAGGCAACCUGUCUACUCAUUGCCCCGAACUGGCCGGGCCAGACAUGGUAUCCGCUACUAUUGGAGAUGUUGGUCAACAUCCCGUCCCUUCUUCCAAUGACGGAAACGAGUCUGUAUCUACCCUUCGACCGGGAAGCGCAACACCCUCUGUGGAAAACAAUGAAGCUGGCGGUAUGGCCACUUUCAGGGAACGUUGUCGAGCAGGAGGUCUUCCACCGCAAGUUUGUGACAUCCUUAUGGCCUCCUGGAGAGAAGGAACGAAAAAGAGAUACGAAGGUCCUUGGCGACUUUGGACUAGCUGGUGUGUCUCACGGAAUCAAUGUCCAUUUUCAGCCACUGUAGCAGAGGUUUUACAGUUUUUGACUGAACAGUUUCAUACUCGAAAGCUUUCAUACCGAACGGUCGGUGUUUACAAAUCAUGCAUAUCUCAACUACAUGAUCCAAUAGAUGGACAACCACUGGGAACUCUUCCGCUCUUAUCCCGUUUUAUGAAAGGUGUCUUUGAACUUCGUCCACCAACACCCAAGAUAUGUAUAACCUGGUCAGUUGGGACAUUAUUAGAGCAUUUAAAGAAUAUGGCACCAAACGAGAACCUCUCACUUAAAGAGUUGACUCUUAAAACAACCAUCCUGUUGGCGCUUACGUCUUCAGCCAGGGCUCACGAACUCGCAGCAUUGCACUUGGAUUAUGUAUCCCAAAAGGAGAACGGUUGGGAGUUUGUAAUACCUAAACAUGUAAAGAAUUCUCGGCCGAAUCACCCAGCAAGAAAGAUUUAUCUUCCAUCCUUACCAGAAAACCAAAAGAUUUGUGUUAUUGAGAGUCUGAAACAGUACGUUAAUCGAACAGCUCGUAUUCACAAGGACCAGCAUCUACUGGUGUCAUAUACCUCACCACACUCGGCUAUUGGAAGUCAGACUGUAUCACGCUGGAUACGCACUGUAUUGUCCAAUGCAGGUAUUGAUGCUCAGUACACGGGUCAUUCUACGCGGGCUGCCGCAACAUCAAUGGCUGCCGAGAGCGGUGUUCCUCUUGAGGAUAUCAUAGCUGCUGCUGACUGGUCUUCUGCAACAACGUUCGAGAGAUUUUACCACAAGGCUAUCUCAAAGGAUAAGUUUGUUAAAAGUAUUUUGGCCCCGGACAUACAAAAAUGACAUUACUGUUUGCAUUCCAAGAUACAUUAGUUAACGACUUUUGGAAAUGUGUUGUUGAUAUUGUUUUGUGUUCAUUUCAAAAAAAAAUAAAUUAUGUUUACAUUGAUUAACAGUUGUCUUUGAAAUCUGCACCAGUAUUGUGAGUAUCAGUCGGAGAAGGAGUGAAGGAGAAAUAGUAUUUCCUCGGAAGGUACUUACCUGAAGGGGAGAUAUGGUUCUCCGAACUCCUUCGAAGACUGAUACGAGCAAUACUGGUCCCCGUACCAGUGGUGGUAGAUACCUAUACCACCCCACCCUAGUCUGUUAAUCAACAUUCAGCUUGCCACUCAAUCAGAGGAUGUCAGUACGCAUGCGUAUGAAUUAAUUAAAAUCGUGGGUUCCAAGCCGUCGCGCGCCGCGAACUGCACCAGUAUUGCUCGUAUCAGUCUUCGAAGGAGUUCGGAGAACCAUAUCUCCCCUUCAGGUAAGUACCUUCCGAGGAAAUACUAUUUCGUCGGCGAAAUGCGAAAUAUUUCGCGUGUUUCUUUUGAAUUGCGACCACUCGAUCGUAAAUAGCUCAGAAGGUUAGGCAAAUGGCUGCUGUGUUGUAGUCCGCGG